AUGGCCGAAAUACACGAUCAGUUCGAUACCAUCCUCAUUCUUUACUUCGGUUCACAGUAUUACAGUCACCUCAUAACAAGGAGAUGUCGCGAAUUGAACGUAUACGCAGAGCUUAUUCAUUGUACGUCAAAGCUGGCAGAUCUCAAAUUCAAGCCCACAGGGAUCAUCCUCUCCGGAUAUCCAUACUCUGCGUACGACGACGAUGCACCACACGUGUACCCUGGUAUCUACACUCUGGGCGUCCCUAUCCUUGGCAUGCGCUAUGCCUUCCAGGAGAUCUGCUGGAAUCACAAGGGACGGGUAGCAAAAUGCGAUCAUCGCGAAUACGGACUUGCAGAAGUUCAGAUCAGCAGGUCUAGUGAAUCGGUAAGCUCUGUUGACGCCCUGUUUGAAGGACUCGGCGAUCAGAUGCAGGUCUGGAUGUCACACGGCGAUCAACUGUCCGUUAUGCCUCCCGACUUCCAUGAGGAAUUUAUUGGCCAGGAAAUCGUUCGCAUCCGUGAGAUAUGUGGUCCGAGAGGCCGCGUGAUCGGCGUAGUCAGCGGAGGUGUUGACAGCACAGUCACAGCCAAGUUAAUGCGCGAGGCAAUCGGCGACAGGCGCACACCACGUUCUUUUCAUAACUUACUCUUACUCGCGCGUCAGAUUAUGGUGGACAACGGCAUGCUUUGUCUCAACGAAGCGCAACAAACGGAAGCAGCGAAGAUCGAGGAAGCUGCCGAGAAGGAAGAAAACGGAGCGCAGGCAAAGGGGAAGAUCGAAUGGCUAUUGCAAGGAGCCCUAUAUCCAGAUGUUAUCGGGAGCAUCAGUUUUAAGGGCCCUAGCGCGACCACCACGACGCAUCACAAUGUUGGUGGGCUUCUCAAGGACCUCUUCAAAGAUGAAGUCCGUGCGCUUGGAAGACUCCUGUCAAUACCAGCGCCUUUGGUUCAACGUCAUCCUUUCCCAGGUCCCGGUCUGGCUAUUCGGAUUUUGGGUCCUGUCACACGCGAACAAGUGAAGAUCCUGCAGCAAGCGGAUCGUAUCUAUAUCGAGGGGAUUCACAAGGCGAAUCUCUACAAUCAAAUCAGCCAGGCCACGGCCAUCUUGCUUCCUGUGAAAGCUAUCGGCGUGAUGGGUGACAAGCGCACAUAUAAGCAGGUAAUUGCUCUGAGAGCGGUGACGUCGGAAGACUUCAUGACCGCUGAUCGGUAUGCGUUUCCUCCCAAAGCUUUACGUUGGAUAUCGUCCCGCAUCACGAACGAAGUGAAUGGGAUUGAUCGUGUCACUUACGAUAUAUCUUCCAAGCCUCCAACUGUGGAAUGGCUGUGA